AUGUCUACAACCAAAGGCAGCUUCGCGCAGCGCAUGGCCUCCAUGGCCUCCACCAUCGAAAACUGGGACGACGACGUCGACUUCCAAGGCGAUCUUUUCGCACACUCCAUCGGCACCGUACCCUCUCUCUCCUCUCGCGUCUCCGUUCGCUCCGAAUCCAACACCGGCGACGACGACUGGCAAGUCCUAAUCACACCCAACGAUGAGCUCUCCACCAGGAACGCAAUCUCCUCUGCAAAGCAGGCCGGCAUCCCCAUCCCCACGAGUGUGCCCUCGUCUGCCCUUCUUGGCGGAUCCAUUAAGCGACUGGGAAAGAAGAAAUCGAAUCGCAAGAUUGCCGUCGACGACGACUGGGGCAACGACCUCGAACUGCCAUCCAUCGGCUCCCAAGGACUGAAGCUCAAAGUGCCCGUGCCGCACACUCCCGCAGAAGACCAUGAUGAUUUUGACGACUGGGGCGAAGGAAGCUUGGGCAUCCGGUUUGCAGGAACGAGGCGAGAUACUCGUGGCGGCCGAAGUUCGUCUGUCUCUGCCAUGAGCCCGAGUCUAGGUAGCUGCAUGACCCUCGAAAGCGAAGACGACGAUCUGGUCGGGCUUGUGCUCCCGACCGAACCGCUCGACUUCAACGCCCGCCUCGAGAAACUCAAGAAAACAGACCAUGUUACACCUGAUGUUUCGCCGCUUCCAGCCCAGCAAAAGCGCGAUCCCCCUCCCACAUCGGCACCUGCUCUCCCACUGGCACUGGAUCUUCCCUCAUCGCCAGGAUUUGACAUCUCCUCGUCACCUCUCCCUCCUGCUGGUUACACGCCACCUCAUCUCGAGAACUCACCCAUUCCCAAAUCCAAACCCAAGCCUGCGGACGAUGACGAAGACUUUCUUGAAGGUCUUGAUUUUGGCGUGGAGGAACCCAUUGACACUAAGAAGCUCACUCUCAAUCGCAAUCUCGUCAUUAAGAAGCAAGCAUCGAAACCAGUUGCUCCACCAGCUGCUCGACCUGCGACAACCAUAACAUUCACCGACAAGCCUUCUGCCUCACGUAUUCCCAGGCCACUACCUUCUUCCAGUCGCACGCGCCUCACCCCAGUCUAUGAGUCUGGUGCAUCGAAUUUGGGGCCUUCUGUGGGCCUCAACCGACCCAUGCCAACAACAACUAGCGCGCAGCUCCUUCGAGCCAAGCGAUCGGCUCCUGCGCUUCGUAAUAGCCAUGCCUCUGUUGCUCGUCCUCCUGUACCUUUCCUACCUGCCGGAAGCUCCAACUCCCAAUCGCAUCACGUUAUGGCCAAGAACUCGCAGACGCAUCUUCGUCGCGAUUCGGACCCGCGCAGACCCCAAUCCCCAUCAAUGCGAUCAUACUCGCGCAUGUCAAGUACGAACCCCCAGGACACGCCUAGUCGGGCAGGUAUGCGGAGGGAUGCAGUAUCGACUUCUAAUCUGCGGGAAGGCGCGAUGAGACGCAAGAACAACAAGAGCAUUACAAUGGCACCCAGGAAGUUAUACGGUGAUGGGAUGGAGCUGGAAGUGUUUGACGACCUCCCGACAUCUGCGACCAAAGAAAAGCAAUUCGAAAAAGUACCGAAACCUGUCUCGAGCAAUAGGAGCCUGCGACACCUGCCGAGCGUCUCAAAGUUGCCCAUGCCUGAUCGCAUCACUACACCAUUACCCCAGACCCCCCGAUCCCCCACGAAGAUGGAGAGCACUCCGCGAUUUGCUCGUGAUACGGCUGCAAGUCGCAUUGCGCGUGAGCAGCGUCUAGCAGGAACUCGUUCACGUGGUGAAGGACCCAUUGCACCCACGCAAACGAAUUGGAAGGCACAAGUUGCCGCACGAAGUCCCCAUGCUAGCCCAACGGCGCAUCGAAAGAGAGGAACUGGACAGAAACCGCAAUUGAUCUCAGGCCUGUCCAUGCCUUUCGCAAAGAAGGAGAAAGGCAUGACCUACAAUCCAACAUUACAACGUUGGGAAGGCAACGAGGAAGCUCUUGUUUCCUUUGCUCACCCAAAUACUUCUACUACCACAUUGGCGUUGACCACUGCGAGCACACCAACCUUUGCCCCUCCCAAUCAUCCCUUCGCUCACACCCAUGACCGCUCGCAUUCGAUCUCGCACACUGCGUUAUCUAAUAUUCACGCUGCGCAGAAGAGCUUCUCCUCGCGUGUGGCCAAGAUGGCCCCAGUUCCUACGCCAUCGCCGCCGCGUCCUGCAUUGAUAUCCCAGAUCUCCCAGCCGCGAGGUGUGCAAAUUCAGAACGGAAUGCAGUUCGAUCCAGUCAAGAUGAAAUGGAUGAAAGCUCCACGGAGGUCGAAUGCCGACUCACUCUCCCCGUCCGUGGCUGACGAGGAAGAAGAGGAAGAUCCCUUCGCCGGUCUUGAGGAUCUCAAGGACAGCAACGACAACGCCAACUUCGGCGGUAGCCAGAUCGGUGGCAUGUCCGGGGGUGAGACUGGCGGAAUCCCCAAGCUUGAUGAAGCUUUCGUCGGGGAGGAAUUCGACCUUGGCCCCAGUUUCAUCCGAAGACAACGAGAAGAGGAGAAUAAUUGGAGGAAGCGGACAGAAGGUUGGGUUGGUGUCGUCCGUGACAGUGGUGAGCGCAAACCCGACGGCUACAGAUGGUCGAUUCGACAUCUGGCAGCAUUGGCGUCGGCGGAAGCCUCGAGAAGAUACUGA